UCUCCUCUGCUUAUAUUUUUCGCUCAUCUGAGACCCCUUAGCUUUCCGAAGAUUAUUUACCGUAAUGUCUGACUCUGCUUUGGAUUUUGGAAAAAAUUUUUUGUUAGGCGGUGUUUCCGGCGCCAUUGCGAAAACAUGUACCGCUCCAAUAGAGAGGGUCAAGCUAAUUAUUCAAACUCAAGAUUCUAACACAAGGAUUCUUUCUGGUGAAGUCCGGAGAUAUUCUGGGAUUAUAGACUGCUUUUCACGGGUACGAAAAGAACAGGGAAUUAUUUCUUUUUGGCGUGGCAAUUUUACCAAUGUUAUAAGAUAUUUUCCUACUCAAGCUUUUAAUUUUGCCUUCAAAGACACCAUAAAAGUAUUGUUUCCUAAGUACGACACUAAGAAAGAUUUCUGGCCCGCGUUUGUGGUGAAUUUGGCUUCUGGUGGUCUGGCCGGGGCUGGAUCCCUUUUAUUUGUGUACCCUUUAGAUUACGCUCGUACACGUCUGGCCUCCGAUGUGGGUUCCGGCAAGCGAGAUUUUAAUGGACUCGGCGAUUGCUUGAUCAAAACUGCGCGGGGUUCUAAAGGCUUUUUGGGGCUCUACAACGGUUUUGGUGUCUCCGUGCUAGGCAUCAUCCCAUACCGCGGCGUCUACUUCGGGCUUUUCGAUACACUGAAGGACAAGAAUCCCUAUCAGCACGACAAAGGCUUGAAGGGUUUGUUCGCAACUUUCUUAGUAGCUCAGACCUCCGCCGUUGCAGCCGGCUACUGUUCUUAUCCGUUUGACACUAUCCGCCGGCGCAUGCAAAUGCAGUCCGAAAAGCCACGUGAAAAGUGGCUUUACUCGAACACUAUACACUGUUUAGGAAAAGUGGUUAAAGACGAGGGCAUGACCGCGUUGUUUAAAGGCGCUGGUGCGAAUGCUCUGAGAACUGUGGGAUCUGCUUUAGUUCUUGUGCUUUACGAUCGCUUUAAAAUUAUUUUUAAUUUAAAAUAACUGGUGUGUGAGUUUUCCAGAAAUGAAUAAAGUUUUUGAUUUGGAAAUAACAAUAU